AUGCCCCGUUUUGAUAACCGUGGCAAUGAAUGUUUAGGUUAGUUUUAGACAGAAGAGUUCGGUUGAGUUUAGAAGCAGAAUGGCGGUCGUUGGCGGCGGCGAUGGCGGUGGCCGUUUCAGAACCACCAUUGUGCCGCCUAAUUCUGUUGUCUUCUUGAACCAAUGGUGGCUUGUGAAGCAUCCCAACGGUCUAGGCAUUGGAGGGGUUUCUUCCGUCGGCAGAGACAGAGAAAGAGCGUUUGCGUCCACCGUCAUUACGGUGAGAGAAGAAGCCAAUGUCGUAGGUACUCACGAUGGAGUCACUAUUGUUUUCCGUGGUUUCAUCAACACCUCUCGUUCAUCUCACUUUGGCGUCCCCUUAGAGGUUUCUCAACGCUUCCUCGUUGGAUUUCCAUACGAUUGGAGCAAGUAUUCUUCAAUUGAUAACAUGAAAUGUGAAUCUAACAACAGUGAAAAAGGAAUCCCAGUUGAAGCCCAAGCCAAUGUUGAACGCCAAGCCAAUGUUGAAAGCCAAGCCAAUGUUGAAAGCCAAGCCAGUGAUGAAUCCUCGAACGGUAUGUAUGAUUCCACAGGCCCUUCUGGAAAAAACAUCCUUAAAACUCAAACUUCGGCCAAGAAAAGGAAAGCUGAUAGACAAAAGAUAGGGCAUGAUGCUAACAACUUAGUUAGUAGGAGGGUAACGAGAAGCAUUUCCAAAAAUAGUGAAUCAAUGCCCAAAGAAGACGGGAAAGCUCCAAUAGCUGAUGUUUUUUCUCCAGUUAGGAGAUCUCCUAGGCUAUAUAGUCGUAAAUAAUUAUCUCUCGUACUGAAGUAGUGUUGGAUAGUGAAACUUGUGAACAUAGUUUGCUAUAUUAUGCUUGAAGUAAGAAGUGUGUGUUAUUGACAUGAAGGUUUCGAUGUUAUAUUUCAUUCAACGUCCCACUCUUUAACU